AACCCCAGACUCCGGCCGCGACAAGGUAACCGACGUCAGCUAUUAAAUCUGUUCUUCUUCUUUUGCGACAUCUCUCAUCUCUCCCCAACUUGUCAUCCGUAAACUGUAUAUUGUGAUUUUUUGGUCAACGCUUGGUUUCAUCCUCCAUCUAGUUACGCGACGGAACUUCACUCACAAUACCCAGCCAACAUAUAUAAGCACCCACAUCCAUCAUGCGCGGCAUUCAAAUCACCGAAUAUCUCAAGGGCCCUGAUCAGCUCAAGGUCUCAGAUCUUCCCGAUCCUAAGCCCACAGACGAUGAAUAUCUCAUCCAAGUCCACGCCGCCGCCGCCAACUUCUUCGAUAUCUUACAAAUCCAAGGAAAAUACCAAAACCAACCCCCCUUCCCCUGGAUCGCUGGCGCCGAAUUUGCAGGUACCGUCAUCGCAACGCCCAAGGAUAGCUCCAACCCCAAGUUUCCUAUUGGAUCGCGAGUCUUCGGCGCAUCCCAGGGCGCUUUUGCGACAAAGAUCAAGGCUAUAGAAGAUACGCUUCUGCCUGUUCCCGAUGGCUGGUCGUUCAAGGAGGCUGCUGGCCUGUUUGUUACUGCACCUACAAGUUAUGGCGCUUUGGUUGUGAGAGCGGGUAUUAAGAAGGGCGAUUAUGUGCUUGUUCAUGCUGCAGCUGGUGGUGUUGGUCUUGCAGCUGUUCAAGUGGCCAAGGCUUUUGGCGCGACUGUUAUUGCGACAGCUUCUACACAGCAUAAGCUCGAUAUCGCAAAGUCUUAUGGUGCCGACCAUGUUAUUUCUUACAACGACGCUACAUGGCCUGCAAAGGUCAAGGCUCUAACCCCCGACUCUCGUGGUGUCGACAUCGUCUACGACCCCGUCGGUCUAAUCGACCUUUCCACAAAGUGCACAGCCUGGAACGGCCGAAUCCUCGUCAUCGGUUUUGCAGCUGGCAAGAUUGAAAAGGUCGCCAUGAACAAGGUUCUCCUUAAGAACAUCUCCAUUGUUGGACUGCACUGGGGCGCAUACUCCAUCCAUGAGAGGGAGACGAUACCCAAGGUGUGGAAUGGUAUCAUGGAGCUUGUUAAGCAAGGUAAGCUCAGGGGUACUGAGUAUACCGAUGAGGAGUUUGUUGGUCUCGAGAGGACUGGGGCUGCUUUGAAGGCUCUUGGUGGUAGGGGGACUUGGGGUAAGGUUGUUAUAAAGAUACCUGAGGAGGGACAGAGCAAGCUAUAGAUGGAGCUGUAGGUCAUAUUUGAUCAAAGGGAUAGAUUUAUGUUGCUGAUCAUUCGAUUCACUGAGUGAGUAACUAUUGAGAGAAGACUUCAUUCAGCCUUUUGCAUGA